AUGCCAAAGAGCAAGCUAGCUGCAAUAAAGCAACAACUUCGCGCUGCAGAGGAAGAUGUUGAACUCAAGACUCAGCAGCUGGAAGAGCUCCGGGACCAAGUGGCGGAAGCUCGUCUUAAAGUUGAGAAGCUGGAGGGCGAGGUCAACACAAACGCAGCGCUGGAAGAUGACGUGCAAGUGCUGCUGCGGCACCAGCGGGAGACCGCCGCGGCCUUCAUGGACUACGAGAACCGCGUACUGGCUCUGGAGCUCCAGGGGCUGGUGGACCGCUGGAGGACCAUGGACAUCGAG